UGUUGGGAGGCCACGUUCCCCCCUCAAUACCGGAAGGUGACAUUGGGGAACGGGCGGGCGGCUCGGCAGGUGGCGUCAUGCUGGGGGCUCUGGGCCGUACCGGAGGCGGCCUGGUCCGGAUCCUCCGCGCCAGAGACGUGAGGGGAGCGGCCGGGCUCCAGCGCGCGGGCGGCGGGGUGUACAUCAAGCCCCACUACCGGCAGUUCCCGGCGCUGACUCGCCGGCAGGUGAUCCAUGGCGAGAUCCUCAGCGGCUUCAUGUGGUUCUGGAUCCUGUGGCACUUCUGGCACAACCCGGACGCGGUGCUGGGUCACUUUCCUUACCCAGAUCCUUCGAAAUGGACAGAUGAGGAAUUGGGGAUUCCUCCUGAUGAAGAAUAGAUUGGUAGCUGGAGCUGUCAAUGCGUCCGGUGGUGGGAUCUCUGAAGAAGUUGAAGCUUUGGCUGUUGUAUAACUGUUUCAGCAAAUCCACAUUGUAAAUAAAAACUCAAGUUACAAGCUUGUGCUUUAAGUUUUUUGUUGACUACAUCACUGUUCUAUAGAAACUUUUUGCAAAAUAAUCAUCUCUGUAUGAGGAGAGGAAAGGGCAAUUGAAAAAGUUCUCUUCUAUAUACGUCCCACUCUCCUGCCAAACAUGCUCAUGCAGUUGCUUCACAACUUUACUUUGAAUUGGUCUCUGCUACACUAAUGAGCUGUGGUGGCAGCUGAAGAUGUGCUGAAUAGUAUUCAGCAGCAAGUGUAAUGCCAGACAAAUCCAUGUUCAGCAAGUGGCUUCAUGUAGGGGAGGACAAAGCUGUUAGCAUUACUUAUACAAAAUGUGUGUGGCGGGGGGGGGGGGGGGAAUUGAAGUACAGCCUCUUAAAUGUCAAUAGUAACAUUAAUGCCUAACCUAAAAAUUGCAUCUAAUGAUAUCUUAAAAUAGCCCACGUAAUGUGGAAAGUUCUUCCUAUUU